AUGGAUUCUUCAGAAGACGAGCAACAGUCUGUCUAUACUGUGCUGGUCACGGGCGCAAAUAGUGGCCUAGGCUUCUCAACCUGUUGCCGUCUUAUUGACGAAUUCCUACACUCGCGACCGCAAACGCAAACCCUCCAACUCAUCAUAACCACACGCUCAACCUCCAAGAACAAAGACACCCAAGCACGUCUUCACCAACACCUCCAAAAAACGCUCCAAAAAGCCGACAAGUCGACUCCAGGAAUCAGUCAAGUGCUCUCCGCCCGCGUCAAGAUAUCCGGCGAGCAAGUGGAUCUGUGUAACUUGCGCAGUGUCAAAGAGCUAGGAAACAGAUUGGUCAAGAGAGGAACCAGACUGGAUGUACUCAUCUGCAAUGCAGGAAUUGGAGGGUGGAAAGGGUUGAACUGGCCAGCGGCGAUUUGGUCAAUGCUCACGGAUUGGAAACACUCUUGCACGUACCCUACCUACAAGCUAGGUUUUGUGGGUAGUGUGUCACCCCAAGGCGGCGAGAAAAAGGAAGAGCAGUUGGGAGAAGUGUUUACGGCGAAUGUGUUUGGGCAUUAUUUGCUCGCGCAUGCAGUCGCGCCGUUGAUGAAGGGUGAUGAGACAAAGGAGCCAGGACGCAUCAUCUGGAUAUCGAGCAUUGAAGCCUACGCUCAUGCUUUCAACCCAGAGGACCUACAGGCGUUGAAGUCAGACGCGGCAUACGAGUCCUCCAAACGCCUUACGGAUCUGCUCAUCCUGACCUCAGAACUCCCAUCCACCAAACCCUCGACUUCCAAGUUCUUGCAGGAAAAGGACGACCAGCGAAAGCCAAAGAUGUAUCUGGCGCAUCCAGGUGUUUGUGCGACAAGUAUUGCGGAUCUGCCGUUGGUGCUGUGGUAUGCUAUGUUAUUGGCACAAUAUAUCGCGAGAUGGUUGGGUUCUCCAUGGCAUCCCGUAUCUUCUUACUUGGGCGCUGUUUCUAGCGCUUGGCUAUCUCUAGCUCCCUUCUCUUCGCUCGCGUCACAAGAGAAUAACGAAGGCAAGGCAAAAUGGGCGAGCUCGACAGAUGUCUUUGGUAAUGAAAGAGUCGUACGAACAGAAGUCGGUGGAUGGGGAUGGGGAGGCAGAGUAGGUGAAAAGGCAGAUGGAAAGAUGAGGUUGAGUGCGAAUAGAUGGAGAGGUCAGGAAGAUGUCACCAAGGAGUCCAGAGAGGAUUUUGAAGUACUCGGACAGAAGGUCUGGAAGGAAAUGGAGGAGUUGAGACAGAGCUGGGAAAAGAAGUUGGAUGUUUGA